CGCAAGUAGUAUAUACGCAUAUAUUCUGAACUUGACAACAUCAUAUGUGUAUGUUCUAGCAUCCACAUGUACUUGCGGCGGUAAUCAAUUUUAAAAGUGAAUAAGAAUUCUUUAUAUUUUCUUAUACGUAUCAUUCACUUCUUACGAGAUAACAGUUUAACAAAAUUUUCAUUAACAUCGCAAAUUUUUCAUUAUCUUAGUACAUAAAACAAUUAAUUGAAACGUGCAUGCAAUGGGAUCUGAUGGUACGUCAGAAGUUGAGGUUAAAAAUCCGAAGUUACGAAAACGAAAUAAAAAAAAAGAUAAAUUGGAAGUCGCAUCGGACAAUAAUGUCGACCAAAUACAGGAAACUAACGAGCAGAAAGUAACACAAAAAAGGAAAAGAAAAAGAAAACAAAAGUCAAAUAGCAGCCAUAAUACAAAUGGUACUAAUAACGAAAAAAAUGAUGGAGAAGCAAAUGAUUUUGUUAGUGUACAAACAAAUAAGAAUGAACAAGAUUCAAAUGAUGAAGCAAUCUUCCCCAAAAAACUUCAAAGAUCAACUGUUACAAAUGCAGAGAGUGAUCCAGACAAUAUAGAAGGUGAGGAAAAUGAAAUAAAGAAACCAAAGCACCCUUCUAAGAGACAACUAAAAAGGGAAAAGGCUGAGAAGAAAGAAAAUGAAAAAAUUGAAGCUAGCAGACUGGAAGUAAUGAAGAAGGGACUGAAUUACGUCUCAAAGUGGAAACAUGCAAGAAGCGAAUGGAAAUUUGAGAAGCUGAGGCAAAUUUGGUUAAUAGAUAACUUAUUAGAUGAAACUUGCAUUCCAGAUGACAUUUUCCCCACAGUUCUAGAAUAUUUUGAAGGGUGCAAAGGAAUGGCAAGAGAACAACUUCUAAAAAAGGGUAUGGACGUUAUAAAGAAAAUAGAGGAGAACGAGAAAAACAAGGAUGAAAUGGAAACUGUUGCUUAUCAAAGGGCAAGACAGCUUUUGCAAGCUUUACCUACUGAAACAUAAUUAGCUCAGAAAACAUACUAAAGAGUCAGAUCAUUUUGUACUUCACAUUGAUUAAUGAUCAUUAGAUGUAUUAGCAAAAUUAAGUGUUAAGUGUUGAAUUUCAGCAUCGUUUUUAAUUGUAUAUUUAUAAAUUUGUAGUUAUUCUCUUUUCAUUUUAUAAUGACAUCUUCACAUUUGAAACUCAUAAAUUUUGUUGUACAUGUAACUGUAUUAAGUAUUUGUAAAUAAUAAAAUUUAUCAGUUUAUUACACGUA